GGUCAGAUUAAAGUCAACAAGGAAAACUGGUUAUAACCGAUCAAGCUAGUCAUGAGCCUUAAUUUCCACGAUGGCUGCUCGUCGCGGCACAUACGCACUCGAAGGUGACCACAGACUUUCUAACGACAACUCCGCUCUUAGUGAGCUCGCCCUGGAAAGAUGUGGCUCUGUACAGAACCAAGACAAUCCAGGAGAGAUAAAGGUGGAUGUUGUUCCAGUGGAAAGGGAAGAGUUUGAUCCAUGGGCCUUACCAGCAUUCAAAAGCGCUGGUCCAGACUGGUCCGAGUUGGACACCAAAGGCAAGCUCAAGCGCACUGCUUGGGGUUUCACUAAGGUCAUUUUACUGCUCGGGCUGCUCUAUAUGUUCAUCUGUUCGCUCAGUUUCUUGAGCAGUGCCUUUCGGCUUCUUGGCGGAAGAGCUGCUGGCGAGGCAUUUGCUUCGAACUCGAUCAUCAACAACCCCGUGGCAGGGCUUAUGAUCGGAGUUCUCGCCACAGUCUUGGUGCAAAGCUCGUCAACUUCAACAUCCAUUGUCGUAUCGAUGGUUGCUGCUUCAAUCAUUGACGUUGGGCCAGCUAUCCCUAUCAUAAUGGGGGCGAACAUCGGUACUUCCGUCACCAACACCAUCGUGUCCUUGGCCCAGGCUUCCGAGAGAAAUGAGUUCAGACGAGCAUUUGCCGGCGCGACCGUCCACGAUAUCUUCAACUGGUUAACAGUACUUGUGUUCCUUCCGCUCGAAGUGGCAUCGGGCUACUUGUUUCAUUUGACUGACGCUAUCGUGAAGAGCUUUCACAUCAAGACCGAUACCGGGGCAAACGUGGAACUCCUCUCCAAAGUGACAAAUCCGUUUACAAAACUGAUCAUCCAAAUCGAUAAGAAGGUGAUCACCGCAAUCGCACUUAAAGAGGAAGGCACUGAACUGAAGUCUCUCAUCAAAUUUUACUGCGACAAGGAGAAAGUUUUUGCCACGGCGAAUGUGACUCGACUUGUGAACGAGACUGUGAACGGAACCACAAUAGAAGUAAACAGGACUAUAAGUGAGAUGGUCAGUAAAGAGAUCAAGAUGCCCUGCAAGUUCCUUUUUCACGACACGGGGAUGUCCGACACAAAUGUAGGCGUGAUUCUCCUCAUCAUCGCUCUCUUCAUCCUGUGUGUCUGCUUGGUCUUGAUAGUCAAGCUCCUUCAUUCCAUGCUGAAGGGCCAGAUCGCUGCGGCUAUCAAGCGUACAGUGAACUCAAAUUUUCCAAAGCCGUUCCACCAUUUCACCGGGUACUUCGCUAUCUUGAUGGGUGCAGGCAUGACUAUCCUGGUGCAGUCCAGCUCCAUCUUCACGUCUGCUCUUACCCCACUGAUAGGUGUAGGUGUGGUGGCCAUCGAGCGUGCCUAUCCACUGACCCUUGGAUCAAACAUCGGGACGACAGCUACUGGAAUUCUCGCUGCCCUGGCCAGUGACCAGGGUAAGCUCGAGAAGGCCAUCCAGAUUGCCUUGUGUCAUUUGUUCUUCAACAUCUCCGGGAUCUUGUUGUGGUACCCGAUCCCGUUCAUGCGUAAAGUACCCAUCAAGGUAGCAAAAUUUUUGGGUAACACGACUGCCCGGUACCGGUGGUUUGCUGUGGCCUACCUAAUCCUCAUGUUCUUCCUUCUACCCGCUGCUGUCUUUGGCCUCUCCCUCGCCGGGUGGCAGGUCCUUCUAGGAGUGGCAGCACCAUUCAUUCUCUUAAUCCUGUUCAUUGCUGUUGUGAACGUGCUGCAGAAGUUUGCACCGAACCGCCUCCCAGAGGUCAUGCGCACAUGGGAGUGGGCUCCUAAGUGGACGCGCUCACUGGAGCCACACGACAAGGUGAUCCAGAAGGUGUACAAGCUAGGGAAAAAUCGGUUCAGCAGGAAAGGCAAAAGGGGGGGAAACUAGGCAACAGCAGGGUUUGUCUCAUAUCCUCAAGAAACCCCUUUACCUAGUCUGCAUAGCAAGCGCAAAGGGCUGGAAAAGGAGAAAAGAUCAUGCGUGCUUGGGGAGGGUAAAGAAAGAGCUACUCCCUCUUUGCUUUGCGUUCACCACUUCCAGUACAGCAAUCUUACACGCGCACGGGGUGACCUUUGGGAGCGCCCGAAAAGUAAGCUGGAUCAUCGAGCAUGGCCCACUCGUUUCUGUUGCCCUUCGGCAUUGCUACGCAGGUUACCCCUUUUCAUACUCUAGGAAUCUUUUUUCACAGAACCCAUUUUUUCCAAGAAUUUUUUUUUUGAUUGUAUAUACCACGUCUUGUAACCCUUCUUUGAUUGUAAUCUUAGUUCUGAGAAACGUUUAAAAACAAAAUGGAGAAAAUUGUGUUUUUAGAUUGUUUAAGGACAGUUUAUAAGUUCCUUUUAGGAACUGAAACCUUUUUGUCUAAGUUGCUGGUAAUGGAGUGCAAAGAGUUUUUAAUGAUGGGAAGCAUUGAUUCGAUUAUCAUCUAGAAAUUUAUAGUGUAUUCCAGUUAUUUUUGUUUUAAUUUUGAUUAAACUUGAUCAUAAUUCAA